ACUAUUUUUUUGUGAAUGCUCCUGUUGCCUUGUCAACACGCGUGUGUCCUCCUGCAGGCCAAGCCCAGUGAGACUGACAGAAAGGGAGUGGCUCUCUACCUGGAGGACAAACCAGUUUCUGUCUGCCUGGGGUGUGAUCACCAACCAGCUCUACCCAGCCGACACUCUUCCCUACAUCCACCACUCUGUCAGGUGCAGCUCACCUCACACCUUCUUCUCCUCUUCCUCCUCCGUGCGCCGAAGAAGAGAAUGCCUCUGCAGUCCACUCUGUCCGGCAGGAACUCCAACCAGGUGGUGAACUCUCAGUGGGACGGGAAGUCGUUUGAGCAGCUCAGGCAGGAGUGUCUCCAGAAGGGGGUUCUGUUUGAGGACCCGGACUUCCCCGCAGCUGAUUCCUCGCUCUUCUUCAGCCAGAGCGUUCCUGUGCAGAUCGAAUGGAAGAGGCCGCGGGAGAUAUGUGAAAACCCUAAGUUCAUCGUCGGUGAUGCGAACAGGACGGAUAUUUGCCAAGGACAGCUUGGGGACUGUUGGCUCCUAGCAGCCAUCGCCUCAUUAACUCUGAAGAAAGAAGCUCUGGCUCGAGUUGUUCCCCACGAUCAAGACUUCGACCAUGGAUACGCCGGCAUUUUUCACUUCCAGUUCUGGCAACAUAACAAAUGGCUGGACGUGGUGGUGGACGACCGGCUGCCGACGGUGAGAAACCGGCUCAUCAUGCUUCACUCUGCCUCCAACGACGAGUUCUGGAGCGCCCUGCUGGAGAAAGCCUACGCCAAAGUUAACGGCAGCUAUGAGUCCCUAAAAGGCGGCAGCACCAUGGAGGCCAUGGAGGACUUCACUGGGGGAGUUGGAGAGAUGUAUGAAACCAAGAGCGCCCCAGAUAACCUGUUCACAAUCAUGAAGAAGGCCUUGGACAGAGGAUCCAUGAUGGGAUGCUCCAUUGAUAUCACCAGCUCAGCAGAGUCUGAAGCCAAGACCAGCACAGGCCUGGUGAAAGGUCAUGCAUACUCCAUUACCGGCCUGGAAGAGGUGAAUUUCCGAGGCCAGAAAGUGAAGUUGAUUCGAAUCAGAAACCCAUGGGGUCAAGUCGAGUGGAACGGGCGCUGGAGUGACAAUUCCAAAGAGUGGGAUCAUGUCGACAAAGCAGAAAAGACACGAAUCCUGCAGAAUUCAACUGAUGACGGUGAAUUUUGGAUGGAGUUUGAGGACUUCAAGAGGAACUAUGACAAGGUGGAGAUCUGCAACAUGAGCCCCGACGCCCUGGAUGACACCACCAAGCGCCACUGGGAGGUCAACGUUUUCGAGGGCAACUGGAUCCGCGGCUCCACCGCCGGAGGCUGCAGGAACUACAUCGACACGUUUUGGACCAACCCUCAGUUCAAGCUGCAGCUGGAGGACGCUGAUGAUGACGAUGACGUCUGCAGCGUGGUGAUUGCUCUCAUGCAGAAGAACAGGCGGAAGCUCAGGAAGGAAGGCCUGGACCUGGAAACCAUCGGCUUUGCAGUGUAUGAGGUCAGAAAGUGAAAUAAAAAAAAAAUAAUAAUUACAA